UUCAAGCAGAGUGAGCGGGGGGGUCAGCCAGGACCCGGUCUGUGGGGAUGCUGCUGCUUUUUCUGAAAGAAGCACUUGAAGUCCUGCUGUAGCAACCAAACAGCGAAGAGGAGCGGGUACAGCAGCGGGAAGACAACGUCGUCGUGGUCGCUAUGCCGCUCCAGGUGGUUCUGACCGGGCCGCCCCCUUGGGGCUUUCGUCUGGUGGGGGGCAAGGACUUCAACCAGCCGCUCACCAUCUCCAGGAUCACUCCUGGUAGCAAGGCGGCCGUGGCCAACCUUUGCCCUGGUGAUGUCAUCGUGGCCAUCCAGGGCGUGGCCGCCGCCCACAUGCUGCACUGCCACGCCCAGAACAAGAUCAAGGAGGCUGGGGGACAGCUCGCCCUCACCGUGGAAAGAAAUGAAGCCAGGCUGUGGUCGCCGAGGGUGACGGAAGGCGGCAAAGUCAGCCCGUUUAAGCUCGACCUGCAGGCGGAGCAGCAGGAGUACAAACCCAUCGGCGUGGCGCACAACCGGCGAGCCCAGCCAUUCGUGGCGGCGGCCAACAUCGACGACAAGCGUCAGGUGGUCAGCACGUCCUACAACACCCCCAUCGGCCUCUACUCGUCCGGAAACAUCCAGGACGCCAUGGAGGGACAGAUGAGAGGCUUUGUCCAGCCCAAGGCCGAGAGCCCGAGGACUUUGGCGAGCAUCGAGGACUCUGAUGUUUAUCGUAUGCUGCAGAAGGAUGACGAGGAGCCUGCCGAGCCUCGACAGUCGGGAUCCUUUAAGGCACUGCAGGACUUUGUGGAGAGCGACGGCACCCGGCCCCUGGUGACCCGGACUGUUAAAGCUCCAACAACCAAAGCGUCCGCACCAGCAGGAAAUCUGCAGAAGCUGCCCAUCUGUGACAAAUGCGGCAAUGGCAUUGUCGGGACGGUGGUGAAGGCCCGCGACAAGUUCCAUCACCCGGGUUGCUUCGUGUGCUCUGACUGCGACGUCAACCUCAAACAGAAAGGUUACUUCUUCGUGGGAGGUCAGCUGUACUGCGAGGCUCACGCCCGGGCGAGGACGAGACCCCCCGAGGGUCACGACCUUGUCACCGCGUUUCCCUCCGCGUAGUUUCUCGCCCACCGCGGUUUGUUUUGUGACGACGGUAACGCUAAUAAAGACACACUGGUAUCGUUA